UGAGUGGAACCUCUCAUGCCGCCCCGGCCAGCCUUGAACCCAGACCCAGCCAAUAGAGCUUGGGCCCCUGCCCCCGCCCCAGCGCCCGGCCUCCUCGCCAUGCGUGGGAAGCUGCUGCCGCUGGCCGGCCUUUACCUGGUGCAGGGCCUGCCCUAUGGGCUGCAGUCUGGGCUGCUGCCCGUGCUGCUGCGGGCCCGCGGCCUCUCCCUGACACGCGUGGGACUGGCCAAGGCGCUGUAUGCACCGUGGCUGUUCAAGCUUGUGUGGGCCCCGCUGGUGGACACUCGGGGCUCCCCAAGGGCCUGGCUGACGCUCAGCACAGCUGCUCUGGGCCUGGUGUGUGGGCUGCUGGCAUCCCACCCUCCCGCCGCAGCUGGUCAGGCCGGUCUGCCUGUCACGGUGGCGGGGCUGCUUCUGCUGCUGAAUCUGGCUGCAGCUGUGCAGGAUGUGGCCCUGGACACGCUGGCUGUACGGCUCCUGGAGCCCGCAGAGCUGGGGCCUGGCAACACUGUGCAGGUGGUCGCAUACAAGCUGGGGGCGGUGCUGGCUGGGGGUGGGCUGCUGGCCUUUGUGCCCACCCUCUCCUGGCCCCUGCUCUUUCUGCUCCUGGCUGCCGCUUAUUGGUUGGCUGCUGCCUUGACCUGGGUGGCACCAGCCCUGCGACAGCUUCCCACACCUCUGCCCUCAGAACACCCCCGACACACCCUGCACCUUGGGCAGGACUUGCUGGCCGUGCCUGGAACCCUGUGGACAGUGGGCUUCGUGCUCACCUACAAGCUGGGUCCAGCUCCAGCCACACUCCCUUGGGCCUCGCUGAGCUGCUUCACGCUGACCCUGAGCGUCGUCGAAGCCCAGCCCCAGCUGUCUCCUGGCAUCUGUGGCCCAGGAAAAAGGCAGGGCUGGGGGAGCAUGACUGAGACCCAGGUGGAGGUGUGCCAACCACCCCUGCUGACUCUCUCCACAGGUGAGCAGGGCACCAGCGGCCUGUUCCCACUGCUCUUGCUGGACUGCGGCAUCUCUGCCCCAGAGCUGGGGCUGUGGAAUGGUGUGGGCGCUGUGGCCUGCUCCAUUGCUGGCUCAUCCCUGGGUGGGGCCCUCCUGGCCAGGCGCCGGCAGCCACUGCCCCUGUUGAAGUCAGCGCUUCAGUUCCGUCUUGGGGGCCUGGCCUGCCAGACUGCCGUGCUCUUUCACCUGGACAGCCCUGGGGCCAGCCUGGCCCCCAGCACAGUCCUGAGAGGUGCAGCCCUGCUGAGCCUGUGUCUGCAGCACUUCCUGGGGGGCCUGGUCACAACCACCACCUUCACCCUGAUGAUGCGCUGCAGCCAGCUGGCACCAAGUGCCCUGCAGCAGGCCACACACUACAGUCUCCUGGCCACUCUGGAGCUGCUGGGGAAGCUGCUGAUGGGCACGCUGGCUGGAGCCCUGGCUGACAGCCUGGGGCCACGCCUCUGCUUCUCCGUCUUCCUCGCUCUCUCAGCCAUGCCCAUGCUGUACUUGGGCCUUGCACCCAACACCCUGGCCUGAACUGGGUGGCCAGACUUAUCAAUAAAGUGGAGCGUGCCUUCGGACUGUGUCCGGGA